CUUUCCUCUCCCCAUACAUACCAUACCAUACAAGCUCCUUCAACAUUUUCACACCCACCAUAACUACUCUCAAAUCUUUCAUCUUUCUCCUCACUCAAGCAAACACAAACCCUUGAUUCACUGCAAUGGCUAUCAGGAAAUCAAACAAGUUGUCCCAGACAGCAGUUCUGAAACAGAUCCUCAAGAGGUGCUCCAGCUUAGGGAAAAAACAGGGCGGCUAUCAUGACCAAGAAGGCCUCCCUUUAGAUGUUCCAAAAGGACACUUCGUUGUCUAUGUUGGUGAAAACAGAAGCAGGUAUAUUGUGCCCAUCUCUUUCUUGAAUAGACCAGAGUUUCAAAGCUUGCUCCAACAAGCAGAAGAAGAAUUUGGGUUUGAUCAUGAUAUGGGUCUCACUAUUCCUUGCCAAGAAGAAGUUUUUCAGUCAUUAACAUCCAUGCUCAGAUGAGGAAGAAGAAUCUAGUUCAUUACAUUGCAGUUUCUUUUAUUAGGUUUAUGAUCUCUAGACUGUUUCGAGAAAAUUAACGGCUGUAGAGAUGGAGCUGCUUCUCUGGUUUAAUUUUCUCUUUUAUAAUUAUUCUUUCUUUGGGUUUUUUCCUCUUUUUUUCCCCUCGGACCCAAGAAAGAACAUGUAGACAUGUAAGUAAAUUAAAUCUCCAAGUUUGUAAUCUUUCCUGACGGUGGUGUUUGGGUUUGUUAACCAGCCACCCAUAUUGUAACCCUGCGGGGAGAACUAAUAUACAUAUAUUUUCAUCUUACUCGAGACUGUUAAUAAAAAGAUGAUUUAGUAUCA